AUGGCAGAGCCGAGGAAAGUGCCGUUCGUCACUCUGUCGUCCUUCAACGCCUCGCCGCCGACCCCGGAGAGCAGCAAGAAACGCCGCCGCGAAGAUGAGGCCGUCGACGUCACUUUUGGGAAAGAUGGAGGCGGAGGUGCCGCGGCGGCGGCGGUCGGGUCAGGGGGUGGCGGCGGGGGUCUGUUUGGCAACACGCAGGCGGCCGACGCCGAGGCCGGCGAGGAGAAGCCCACCGUCCGCCUCAGCCUGUCUCUGGUCGAGCCCAACGAGCGGGGCUCCUCCGAGUUCAACUACGGCGAGCUGGUCAACUCAACUCCUCAGGUAAAAAACACAGCCCCUAAAGGACUCGCUCCUCCACUGGACCCCAGCGACCCUUUUGCAGACGAUGAGAAGGAGAGGCGAGAGGUGGAAGAGCUCGCCAGGAAAUUUGAGAACAAAUAUGGAGGAGGCAGCACAAAAAAGAAGAAGCGGGACAGGAUGCAGGAUCUCAUCGACAUCGGCUACGGCUACGAUGAGACCGACCCUUUCAUCGACAAUUCGGAGGCGUACGACGAGCUGGUGCCGGCCUCGCUCACCACCAAGCACGGCGGCUUCUACAUCAACACGGGCACGCUGCAGUUCAGACCCGCGUCCGACUCCGAGGAGGAGAACGCAGGCACGGAGGGCCACCACUUCAAGAAGACGAAAGACGGGGAGGAGAGAGCGAAUAAAAAGCGGCGGAAAAAGCAAGAGGGUGGAAUUCUAGAGGAAAAGAAGCCCAAGAAGAAUAAAGUACCAAAGCCCGGCGGCUCGUCUCUAAACGUGCACCGGCCCGAGAAGAAGAAGAGGAAGAAGCUGAUGAAGGACUCCCUGAACCUGGCCAACAUGAUCCGCCGCUUCACCCGCGAGAAGGAGGAGAUGCGCAAGCGGAACCUGACCACCACCCCCGCCGCCGCCGGCCUGCCCCCCCGCCCCGCCGCCAAAGUGCCCGGCGCCGCCGCCGGCGCGCUGGCCAACGCCAAGGCCGGCGAGGGCGGCGACUGCCACAUGGCGGACCUGAGCGAGGACCAGGCGGUGAUGUCACUGCUGGGCUCGGCCAACAACGACCUCCUGCAGGACAUGAUGGGCGACCUGGACUUCCGCAUGCUGGACUCGCCGCAGCCCUCCAGCCCGGGGCAGGGCGAGAACGGCUCCUUCGGCGCGGCGGGCAAAGCGGGCGGCGGGCGGGUGGCCCCGGCCGCCAUGAUGGCGCCCCCCCCGCUGCCCUGCGGCCUCCCGGACUCGCUCGCCAAGCGCAUCGAGGACCUGAGAGCCGCGUCCCGUCUAUUCGACGAAGAGGGCAGGAAGAAGUUCUUCACACUGGACAUGAACAACAUCCUGCUGGAGUCAGUGUUACUCAGCUCGGCCUUUCGCAUGCGUAAGCGUAAGAGCGGGCCGCUCAUCGAGCUGCAGGUCCGGAGGCAGCCGGCCGACGUGCGCUCGGCGGUCUACGGUCACCUGGAGGCCUUCGUGCCCUGCAAUAAAGAAGCCCUGCUCAAGCGCCUUAAGAAGCUCAGCCUCAACAUUCAGGACGACCGGCUCCAGACGCCGCUGCUGAACCUGAAGCUGGCCGUGUGCUCCGUCAUGCCCGAGCAGAUCGCGCGCUACAACAUGGACUGCAUCGCCAAAGUGGCCAAGCAGCAGUCUGAGGAAGGAGACAAAAACGGCUCGGACGACGAUGACGAGGAGAAGCCCGGGAAGAGGGUGAUGGGGCCCCGGAAGAAGUUUGUCUGGGACGACAAGCUCAGGUCGCUGCUGUGCUCUCUGGUGCGAGUGAAGCUGGGCUGCUACGAGCUAGAGGGCAAGACCUCCGUGUCUCUGGAAGAUUACCUCAAAGCCUUUAUGGAGACCGAGGUCAAGCCCCUCUGGCCCAAAGGGUGGAUGCAAGUCUCCACGACGGGCAGCGGCGGCCUCAUAAGCUCAGGGUCCACUCUUCCGCUGGGGUUCGGGAUGCUGGGGGGCCUGGUGCCCGUCUCCCUGCCCUUCCAGUUCCCCUCCAUGCUCAGCCUGCCACAGCUGGGGGGGGGCGGCGCCGGGGCGGCGGCCAGCGGUGCGGCGGCCAGCAGCAGCGCCUCCUUCUCCACCCUGACGCAGAGUGAACGUCGGUCAAGGCCAGGGCGGAGACGCCAAGAGGAAGACUCUUUGAUCCGGCGAGCUUCCCAGAAAUCGGGGACGGAACACGAGUUUGAUGCAGAUCACCGGCAAGAAGGGACUCACCAUGCCAACGUCACACUUCAAUAA